UUCUAUUAUCAGUACUCAAUUGUUUUGUCACUGUGCGAUGUCUGGGUAAAUUACGCGAUUUAAAUUCUUCGACAUGUCAUGUGGGAGUGUCUGGCAAAGAUGAACGUGGUGGGAAUGGUGUAUGGUUACGUUCUUGAGCUUUCCUCUUAGAACUACAAGAAAAAUGUGGUUUGAUCAGUCGAGUUCGUAGAAGAGGUGUCGGAGGGAAUUAUGUCACUAUGCGGCAAGUUGCACAUCCAAGAAUAGCGGGCUCACCGGAAGAAUAUAAGAAAAUGCCUCUCUUCGAUCUGUUGAUUGUUUAACAAUAGCGGUGACACGAGCAUAACAGGAUGUAAGUGCCUGGAAGUAUAUCUGAUCGAUUCCAUAUGACAACCCCUUCCCCAGCACCUUCCAACACAAAGAGGUCUGAAGACAGAUUUGUCAUUGAAAUGGCUGCAGAAUCUGUGCACAGUGGAGAGUGCCAUAUGGCUGGUGAAGACAUCGCCGUGUGUUCGAGCAGUGCACCAUCUGAAGCUCCUCAGUCCACAGUCACUUCUGCUGCAGGCAGUGCCAACAGUGUGCAUUGUGAGUCAGGUGUGAGUGCAGCUAGUUUGCACCCACAGCAGUCAGAAAUUGCGUUUUCUGACUUGGCUGGUAGCACAGUGGACAACAUGGGCACCUGGCGUGUGAGCAUUGAUGACUUGCCUGAUGAGGUACUGAUAAAGAUCUUCUCUCACAUGUCUUUCAGUGAACUAGUAUAUGUGGUGCAGAAAGUGUGCCCUCGCUGGAAAAAUGUAUCUCAAGAUUUGGAGUUGUGGGCUGACAAGGAAUACCGUAUUGGCUCUCACACAAGCGACCAGGAGGCAAUACAGACUUUCUGUGAUGCCCCAAACCUGCAGAAAGUUUGUAUGCUGCGCAGUGCCUCAUCCCUUCUCUUCCGUGCACUCUACGAUAAGUGCCACCGACUCUUAGAACUACGCCUCCAUUACACACAGAAGCUCAGCUACUCGGUGCUAAAGAACUUGGUAGAGAAGUGCUCCAGAAUACACACACUGAGGAUAUCCAGUAGACUGCUGGUAUCUGAGAAAUUUUCGGAGGCGGUGUCACAUAUGCAAAACCUCCAUGUACUGAUUCUGGAAGGAUAUUCCACAGAAAGCCCUCCUGCACUGCGACCUUUGGCUGAUGGGUGCCCACAACUGGCCGAGGUUGACUUUGGAUUCACAGCUGUCGAUAUGUAUGAUCUGAAGUAUUUCCUGAAUGCCAAGAGGAACACCCUUAAGUCCUUGCAUAUAAAAUGGACAAUGGUUGUUGAAAGGAGGGAUAGAUUUCCACGAGCGCCAGUUCUGUCUCUCUACUGGUUUGUCCUGCCGUUGCUGACAGUCUGUGCUGACAGCUUGGAAUGUCUGGAACUUUACGAGUACUGCAUACUCGGCAAUGAUGCAAGGGAGGCAUUUACUGCCCUGGGAAGCCUGAAGAACUUGCAGGAACUUAGGAUGCCAAUUCUCAAACUAGUACAGCCUGGUGCAGCUGCUCCAGCAUUUAAGACUGGUGGGCUGACAAAACUGAGACUGCUGGAUCUGCGAGGAGCAUUUUAUCUGGACAACGAGACAGUAAUUGCCAUCAGCCACGGAUGCCCUGCUUUGCGGGAACUCAUUGUCAGAAAUGUCGUGCAACUGUCUGACGCUGCCUUCUCCCAGAUCUACCAUCUGGAAGAUCUUGAUAUACUGGACGUGUCAGGUUGCAUAGGUCUCGGCAGAGCCUUCGUCCCCUGCCUCAUUGGGCUACCGAGACUUCGCACAUUGGUGAUGGAACAGUUGGAUUUUCAGAAGUUACGACCAGGUCUGAGCAGUAUCCUCGAAUUGUCCAGUGUGCGCUGCCUGAUAUUCAGCUAUUCCCUCGUUACUGGAGUGCCGUUUGCCAAGUUUCCGAGAAAGCUUGUCAGUCUCAGGAAGCUGAUAAUCAAAGGGUGUCGAGGUGACCCUAAAGUUGUUGAUGGUCUGAGUGAGCAGAUGCCCAGUCUUGAAGUCCACGGCACCAUUGAAGAGGAGGAGCCAGUUUACAACAUGGAGGAUCACGAGAGUGACGAGGAACUUGCAGAAGAAGAGAAUGCCGAACCUGGUGAUGUAGGUGAAGCACAUAAUGACAGUUUUGAGAGUGAUGAAGAUGGUGACGGUUAUAGUACCAGUAUCAGCAGUGAUAAUGAGUGAAAUAACAGUAUUUGCGCUGAAAACAGCCUAUUUCUUCCCUUUUUAGAUGAUACAAUAUUUAAAGGGAACUUUAACUCUUAAUACCAACUACAUCUUGGCUUUACCUGUGUAACUGGAUGAAAAUUUAAUACUCCUCAACUAUUGUUACUGGGCUGUGUGUGUCAUAGUGGACUCUUAAGCUGUCUAGUGCUGUGAAACCCGAGAUUGCUUUUUUUAACAUUGUUAUUAAGUUGACAUUCCAGUAAAAUCGUAUUAAUAAUGAUAAAAACUGUUUUGAAGUAAGAUAAUUACAAAUAUGUUUAAGGAACAUGCAGGUGGAAUAUAAUCAUUUACAGUAA